AUGGUCAGCGCCUCGCGGCUGGUCUGGAUGGCGGGACAGCUCUCCGCUGGGCGGCAAUGUCGCGUCCUCCUGAACUCGCACGCGGAUCGCCUCGUGGUCCACAUGGUGUUGCUCCUCGCCUACGUCGACAGGAUGCUCAAUACGAUCGCUCUUGCUGUGGUCAACAUGAUGCACAACUCUCUUCACUCUGCCUGCGUCGUGGACCACGGCCACGGGAGUUCGACUGGCGAGGCGCACAUCACUUUCAACAUGAAGCGGCACCUGGUGAUCUGGAACCUGGCGGAGAGGGUCUUCAUGGUGGGGUGCCCUCUGGAGCACGUCUUGGCGAUGCGAAACAUCACGGUGAAGAUCGCGCUGGCCGUCCUGGCGGUGAUCGCGGUGGCCUUCUCCGAGUCGCUUGCGGUGUUCCUCAUGAAGGUGCUCAUGCAGAUCAGCAUGGUGGUGAAGAUGGUAGUGCCAUGCCUUCUCCUGAAGCUGCGGGACGUGGUGACCUUCUGGGUGAUGCAGGAGGUGUUAAAGAUCGCGCCGCUCUUCCUGACGUUCUGCCUCCUCAACGUGGCGCUGAUCCAUGGCAUACCUGUGCGAGCGACUGAUGGUAUGCGGCCGUGCCUCCGCGCAAAGACCCUCGGCGAUAUGAGGUGGCCCGUCCAACGUCCAACAUGCUGAACUCAGCGGACCUCGCCACCAUCGCGGCUCUGCUUGCUGGCCACGGUUUCGAUCGUGAUGAGCAUGCCGAUCGGCAGCCUGCGCCCUCUGUUGAUGAUCCUCGCGGAAACAAGCACCACGCACAAUAUGCUGGCGAUCGCCUCCCUCUGGGAGAUGGUCCUGCUGGCAUCCAAGCUGGGUCACGCAUGGAGUUGGACCAAGCCGACCUCGACGACAUUACUGGCCUUAUUUUCGACGCGAAGGGGAUCCGCGAUUCGAUGACGGAGCUGGAGAGUACCCUGAGUGCCGCCGCUGCCCCCGCCGCCUCCUCUUCCGCCCUGCCUGCCGAACACGAC